GGGCAAUUUAGAGCCGCGCGCCGGCGGGAAUGUAAGAUGGCGGAGUAGCAAUGCGAAGUGCUUAGUACUGAGUCUCUGGGCCGACUCGGUUCGGGUCUCGGCAGCAGCAGCGAUCACUAAGCAAAGAGUGCCUAGGGUAGUUGGCCAAGAUGCCGAAUAUCAAAAUCUUCAGCGGCAGCUCCCACCAGGACCUAUCCCAGAAGAUUGCCGACCGCCUGGGCCUGGAGCUGGGCAAGGUGGUGACUAAGAAAUUCAGCAAUCAGGAGACCUGUGUGGAAAUUGGCGAAAGUGUGCGUGGAGAGGAUGUCUACAUUGUUCAGAGUGGCUGCGGUGAAAUCAACGACAAUCUAAUGGAACUUUUGAUCAUGAUUAAUGCCUGCAAGAUUGCUUCAGCCAGUCGGGUUACUGCAGUCAUCCCAUGCUUCCCUUAUGCCCGGCAGGAUAAGAAGGAUAAGAGCCGGGCUCCAAUCUCAGCCAAGCUUGUCGCAAAUAUGCUCUCUGUAGCAGGCGCGGAUCAUAUUAUCACCAUGGACCUGCAUGCUUCUCAAAUUCAGGGCUUUUUUGAUAUCCCAGUGGACAAUUUGUAUGCAGAGCCAGCUGUCCUCAAGUGGAUAAGGGAGAACAUCUCGGAAUGGAGGAACUGCACGAUUGUCUCACCCGAUGCUGGAGGAGCUAAGAGAGUGACCUCCAUCGCAGACCGGUUGAAUGUGGACUUUGCCUUGAUUCACAAAGAACGGAAGAAAGCUAAUGAAGUGGACCGCAUGGUGCUAGUGGGAGAUGUGAAGGACCGGGUGGCCAUCCUCGUGGAUGACAUGGCUGACACCUGUGGUACAAUCUGCCACGCAGCUGACAAACUUCUCUCAGCUGGAGCCACCAGGGUUUAUGCUAUCCUGACUCAUGGAAUCUUUUCUGGCCCAGCCAUUUCUCGCAUUAAUAAUGCAUGCUUUGAAGCAGUAGUUGUCACCAAUACCAUACCUCAGGAGGAUAAGAUGAAGCAUUGCUCCAAAAUACAGGUGAUCGACAUCUCCAUGAUCCUUGCAGAAGCCAUCAGGAGAACUCACAAUGGGGAAUCUGUCUCCUACCUGUUCAGCCAUGUCCCUUUAUAAUAGAAUAAGUUCCGAGGCUUUUAAAAAAUAAAGUGAGUCCCGCCCCUUAUUUUCCUUUGGUAUUUGAUGAAAAAUCCAGCAGAAACCCAGCUUGUUACAGUGUAGCUUUCUACAUCCCACAUCAGGUAUAAGAGUGUUUCUCCUACAUUAGAGAAAGAUUGAGGUUAACUGCUGGGAUUUCCUACCUGUAUUGUCUCGUCCUGGCUUCUUUGAUCUUGUGAGCCUUGCAGCUUUAACUACAGCUCAGCUGCUACAAGAUGUCAGACUUUGGAAAAAGUUGUGUAAGGGUGUCUGAAUGUGUUUGGGGAAGCUCAGACUACUUUGCAUGUGAAUGCUUCAGCGCCCCCCCCAACCCCCGAACUUGUGACAAGUUCUCUAAAGUCUGUAUUAAAUUCCAGCAUGAGCCUGGGGCAGCCCGAACCCAGCUCUGGUUGCUGAGCCCCUCUAAGGCUGGAGCAGCUCUAGGGCAGGAGCCUGAGGGGAGGCAACCCACCAUGCAACAAAUGCUUCUUGGGAGGAAAAAGCCUGAUCCAUCACCCUUUGCUUGGAUUCUGUCACUUGGAUUCUCCUUUGUCCCUGUUCCUUUCCAUUUGGCCUGACCUUCUUUUCCUGGCCAAAUAUCAACUUGGUCCCAAGUGAUCAUUGUGCCAUAGUCUUCUGGAAAGCAAACUCGCUUCCUACUAUAUAAUCUAUAACAAUUUACAUGAGAUUAUUUCGCUGUAGCUUAAUCUUCCUUAGCCCACUACCACUGCGGUAGUAGGUUUUAGGUGGUGUUGUAGUGCCUUUUGAUUAAUUUAACUGUUUAACUGUCAUCUUUCUUCCUUGGAUCUAUUUGACCUCUCAGAUGACCUGAGAUUUCUGUUAAAAAGAUUGAUGUCACUGUCUCUUGUAGAAGAAACUAAUAAAGUUUCUGUUUGAUUGUG